UGCUACGUUGUACACUCAGAUAAAGUUACAGCUCUGCAUUGCUGAGGCCAGUAGACUCACUCUAGAGCACAAACACCAGCACCAUGCCCAUGACGCUGGGUUACUGGGACAUCCGCGGGCUGGCUCAUGCCAUCCGCCUGCUUCUGGAAUACACAGACUCAAGCUAUGAGGAGAAGAGAUACACCAUGGGGGACGCUCCUGACUAUGACAGAAGCCAGUGGCUGAGUGAGAAGUUCACACUGGGCCUGGACUUCCCCAAUCUGCCCUACUUAAUCGAUGGGGCUCACAAGAUCACGCAGAGCAACGCCAUCUUGCGCUACAUUGCCCGCAAGCACGACCUGUGUGGGGAGACAGAAGAGGAGAAGAUCCGUGUGGACAUUUUGGAGAACCAGGUUUGGGACACCCGUCUACAGCUUGGCAUGAUGUGCUACAACCCUGACUUUGAGAAACUGAAGCCAGAGUUCUUGGAGGGCCUCCCUGAGAAGAUGAAACUGUACUCACAGUUCCUGGGGAAGAGGCCAUGGUUUGCAGGGGACAAGAUCACCUUUGUGGAUUUCAUUGCUUAUGACGUCCUUGACCAGCACCGUAUAUUUGAGCCCAAGUGCCUGGAUGCGUUCCCAAACCUGAAGGACUUUCUGUCCCGCUUUGAGGGCCUGAAGAAGAUUUCUGCCUACAUGAAGUCUAGCCACUUCCUCCCCAAACCUGUAUUUUUGAAACUGGCUACGUGGCGUGACAAGUAGCCACGACUCAGUGUACUGCCAAGACUCAGUGGCCCAUGCACCUGUGGCCGUGGGCUUGGGCUGUCUUCCUGUACCCCUACCCUUAGUCUUCUCAUUCCUUUCUUCUUCUUUCCACUCCUUUCUCCUUUGCAAGCUCCCAUUGUCUCCCUUUGUUUACCCAAGCCCUUCCCCAGCCAAGCCUCUCUAAACCUCAGCUCCCCAUUUCUUCAGCUAAGCCCCAGCCAGGCCUUCCUUGUCCCUCCUUGCCUUGAAUCCAAAUAGACUGUUCUGCUCAGCUGACCCUAGUUCCCAGCAAUACCUGAAAGACCAGUUUUAUGUGGUGUGCAGGCCCUGGUUCCCAGUGUGGGGUGCCCUAGCACUGUCUGACCCCUAGUAAAGCCUGAACCACACUUGCUGUGAGUCUUGUCUUACUGCCUCUGGCCCUCUGGACUGACUGUGUCAUUGAGGUUGGAGUGUUUGUUCUGUUGUCCACAACCUGGGUUGGGUGAGGGGGAUGUUGGGCAGGGGGACUCUUGGUGGUCAAGCAGGUGUCUAUGUCAUUGCUGUUCCCUCUCCAUGUCUAUACCCUGGGAUUCCUGCAGAAGGGCGUCCUUCUGUGCCAGGCUCCGCAUCAUUCUGCAGCU